AUGCUGAAGCCCGGGGAGCCCGGGGGCUCGGCCUUCCUGAAGGUGGACCCGGCUUACCUGCAGCACUGGCAGCAGCUCUUCCCGCACAACAGCAGCGGCCAGCAGCAGCUGAAGGGCGCCGCGGGGCUCCUGGGCCACCACCCCCUCCAGCCCCCCGACAGAGUCCCCCUGGAGGCCCCGGCAGACCCCCUCCGCCACCUCCCGGCCCCCCUCUCCUCCUCCUCCUCUUCUUCCUCUUCCUCUUCUUCCUCCUCCUCCUCGUCCUCCACUCCGUCCUCCUGCGCCGCAGCCGUCGCCGCCGCCGCCGCCGCUUCCUUGGCCACUUUGUCCUCGCUGCCGGUGGCGGCUCAGAUCCCGGUCUUUGGAGCCCUCCAGAGCUCCGACUCCCCGCCGGGAGCCCCGGCCUCCUUGCUGCCCACCAAGGAGCCCGGAGGAGUCGGAGGAGCAGGAGGAGGCGGGGGCUCCGUCGGGGCGGCCAAAGGCACCGAGCGGGGAGCCUCCCGCUUCCGCUGCACCGCCGAGGAGCUGGACUACUACCUCUACGGGCAGCAGCGCAUGGAGAUCAUCCCCCUGAACCAGCACACCGGGGACCCCAACAACCGCUGUGAUAUGUGUGCAGAUAAUCGUAAUGGAGAGUGUCCCAUGCACGGCCCUCUGCACUCUUUGCGCCGCCUGGUAGGUACUAGUAGUGCCGCGGCGGCAGCACCGCCACCUGAGAUUCCUGAGUGGCUCCGGGAUCUGCCUCGAGAAGUGUGUCUAUGCACCAGCACCGUGCCUGGUUUGGCCUAUGGCAUCUGUGCAGCUCAGAGGAUUCAGCAGGGCACCUGGAUUGGACCUUUCCAGGGAGUUCUUCUUCUGCCAGAAAAGGUGCAAACAGGAGCAACCAGAAACACGCAGCACCUCUGGGAAAUAUAUGACCAGGAUGGGACACUACAGCACUUUAUUGAUGGUGGGGAGCCCAGUAAGUCAAGUUGGAUGAGGUAUAUUCGAUGUGCAAGGCACUGUGGGGAGCAGAACUUAACUGUAGUCCAGUACAGGUCAAACAUAUUCUACCGAGCUUGCAUGGAUAUUCCCAGGGGCACAGAGUUAUUGGUGUGGUAUAAUGACAGCUACACAUCUUUCUUUGGAAUUCCUUUACAGUGUAUUGCACAGGAUGAGAACUUGAAUGUUCCUUCAACUGUAAUGGAAGCCAUGUCAAGACAAGACAACCUCCAGUCAUUUAACAAAAGUAACAAACUGCCCUCUGCCACUCCACAGCGGUCCAUUGUAUUUCCACAGACUCCAUGUAACAGAAAUUUCUCUCUUCUGGAUAAGACAGGCUCUGUUGAAUCAGGAUUUAACCAGAUCAGUGUAAAAAACCAGCGAGUCCUUGCAAGUCCUACAUCAACAAGCCAAUUAAAUUCUGAGUUCAGUGACUGGCACCUUUGGAAAUGUGGGCAGUGCUUUAAGACUUUCACGCAACGGAUCCUCUUACAGAUGCAUGUUUGUACACAGAACCCUGACAGAAAUUCCCAACAAUCCCAUUUGGGGGGCUCCAGAAAGGGGCCCUAUCAGUGUGGACACUGCUCCCAAUCCUUCUCCCAACCUUCAGAGCUACGGAACCAUGUAGUCACCCAUUCCAGUGACAGACCUUUCAAGUGUGGCUAUUGCGGUCGUGCCUUUGCUGGUGCUACUACACUCAACAAUCAUAUCCGGACACAUACAGGGGAGAAGCCCUUUAAGUGCGAGAGGUGUGAGAGGAGCUUCACACAAGCCACCCAGCUGAGUCGACACCAGAGGAUGCCCAAUGAGUGCAAGCCAAUAACAGAGAGCACAGAAUCAAUUGAAGUGGAUUAACUGAUUGACUGGUUGGAAUUAAACUGCAAGGAAAGUCAUGAUUAAAUGUCACGGACACUUAAGCAAAACCAAAGAUUUCCUCUGAGCAACUUUCAAUCAGUCCCAGAAAACCAAGAGCAGUAAUAAAAUAAGUAAGAUGUUAAGAGAUAUUGAUCCUGGCGUGGAAGUGAAACCAGGGAAGAGAUUAUUUAUUUAUGACUAAGAAUGAAACUGAUUUCAAUGGACAAGAAACCCAGGCCUGCUGCCAUUUCUAGCCCUCUCACCAUGUAUUGCUUUAUUUCUAAAAGCUUUUAUAAUUGUUAUUUAAAUACCAAAGCAACAAAGGUCAAGGGUUCUUUUACCCAUAGAUAUGACUGUGAAUGCACAUGGACUUGUUUAUUGUGGCACCUUUUUCUUCAGCAUGACUCAGUGGACCCAGGUAUAUUCUUUCCUGGCUGGGUUCUGUUGGGUUGCAUUUCUCUUGACUUGGCUGUAAUUUUUUUGAAACAGAUUUCCAGAUGAUGAAAGAGAAGGUGAUUGAGGACCAUCUUUGCCGUACGUCAUCUGAAAGACAUUUUGUCCCCAUGAAUUCAGAACUCACAUUUUGUGCACUUUUUUUUGUAUAAAUGUUUUCACUAACCAGUGUUGCAUUGAUGCAGGAGAUUCCAGAAAAAUUAAAUAAACUUUGUCUCAAUAUAUGAGACCAAGUUUAUUUAACUUUUCUGGAAUGGA